GCCUCGGUCUUCCUCUGCAAAGCCGAUGUGCGCCUUGAUGUCAAUGCCGAGGAGAUCCGGGAUUACCGGUAUGUCACGCGCUCGGAGCUGCAGCGCAUGCUGGGCGACUCGCAGUUCACCUUCACGCCGUGGUUCCGGCUCUAUUGCGAGAACUUCUUGGAUGGCUGGUGGGAGGCGAUCUGCGCGGACUCGCUGUCGGACCUCAAGGCUGAUUGCACAAUCCAUCGGCUAUGA